AUGAUGCGCCGGUCUCUUUCCAGCCUCACCCUCCUCGUCGCCAGCGCCAUCAGCAUCGCCCUAGCCCAGGACACCACCCCUCCUGUGGACAAUAGAACCUGCCCGAUGAUGCAGCUAGGGCAGCCAAAUUACUGCAGAGAAUGGCACAUUGUUGUCGAGGGGGAAACCUGCGAAGAUAUUUGGUCCCAGCACAGAACCUGGAUGACGCUUGCUGACUUCUUCGCCUGGAACCCUACGGUCGGCAAAGACUGCUCCGGCCUCUACACCGGCGACUACGUCUGCGUUGACGUCCCGCCCCAGAAAGCCUUGACUAUUACUUUUCCUAAGCCCGAGAAAUUCACCCUGCCAGAGUAUUUCUCAUGGACCCCAGCGCCUCUACCAACCGUUGAUGCAGACUUCACGCCCACGCCCUCCCAUGGUCCAAUGCCGACCAAUUGCAUAUCUCACUACCUGGUGAAAGCCGGCGAAACAUGCGAUGACGUCCUAGCAGAUUGCGAACUUAUCACGCGUGAGCAGUUCUUCGAAUGGAAUCCCGUCCUUGGUGGGAACUGCUACGGCCUCUUGGCAGAUCACUACUACUGCGUAUUCGCGUUUGACAAGGAAAACCUGCCUCUGCCGGCGACUGUCAAGACGAAGCCCGAGAACGUGCCGGCGGACUCGGCGUCUAAUUGUGUCGCUUGGUACAGAACCACUGACGGGGACGACUGUUAUCUUAUCUCGCUUAUAUUCUCCACGUUCUCCGAGAUCGACUUUAAGACAUGGAAUCCUUCUGUUGGUUCCGAUUGCUCCAGCCUUGAGAUUGGCAUGUACUACUGUGUGCCAUCCCCGGGAGUCCGACCACAAGGACUACGACAGUCAUCCCGACCUUCCUUGAGGACUAUUAGUCUACAACCCCUCUAG